AUGGACCUCCAAACUUUAUCAAAUCUCUUUGCCACCACCUUUAACCCCGACCCCAAUGUACGCAAGGCUGCUGAGCUUCAGAUUCGCAAGAUUGGCAAUGAAGAGGGCAUGAUCGCCGCCCUCCUCCAAAUCAUCGCAGCCACCAACAUCGACAUCGCGACACGUCAAGCCUGCGCCGUCUGGCUCAAAAAUCGCGUUCGCAACGCCUAUUCAAUCGAAACGAGCAGACGCCCAGAUCAAGUUCUCAUCGCCCAGUCCGAUCGCGACGCGCUAAAGAUAAAUAUCCUCCCCCUCCUCGCUGCUUCGCCUUCCAGGAGCAUCACACUCCAGCUGGCCACUGCCUUCAAGUCUAUCGUCGCACAUGAUUUCCCGCAUAAUUGGCCUAGCUUGCUUGGAGAUAUCAAGCAUUUGCUCAGCAGCACCGAUAUCAACCAGGUUCAUGCAGGAUGUAAUGCUGCUCUCGAGGCGGUUCGAGCGUUUAGGUUCCGACAAAAGAGUGAAGCGUUGACACAAAUCGUGACGGAUAUCUUCCCCACCCUCGUCGGCAUUGCUUCUCAGAUGAUCCAAACCCCUCCAAGCACCGCACAAGAGAUCCCGACGAUGUUGCAUCUCAUUCUCAAGACGUACAAGACCAGCAUCGUCGUUAACCUCAGCCAACACCAACAGAGCCCUGAGAGUCUCGUUCCGUGGGGUCAACUUCUCUUCACCGUUGUGAACCUCCAGAUACCUGUAGAGGCCAUACCGGAAGAUGAAGAGGAGCGCGAGAACAGCGAGUGGUGGAAGGCUAAGAAGUGGGCGUAUAGUACCCUGGGGCGUUUGUUCCAUCGCUUCGGAAACCCAUCUCAACUUCCUAGCACGAUGAAGGAGGAAUAUGGGGCGUUCGCGGAACAUUUUGUUACGAUGUUCGCUCCGGAGAUUCUGAACAUCUAUCUUCGCCAGGUGGAGCUUUAUGUGUCGAACCAGGCAUGGCUUUCCAAGAAGUCUCAGUAUCAGAUUUUUACGUUUUUCAAUGAAUGCGUGAAACCCAAAUCGACAUGGACCCUUCUCAAACCCCAUUUCGAAAACUUGGUUUCGACGUUUGUGUUUGCUCAACUUUGUUUCAAUGAUACGAAGAAGGAGCUUUGGGAGAACGAUCCUGUGGAUUAUAUCCGCGUCUCAGUUGACGAAUACGAAGUCUACGCUACUCCCGUAUCAGCAGCUACUACCUUUUUAUUCUCACUCAUUGCGAGUCGAACGAAAGCGACGUUCAUGCCUAUCCUUGGGUUCAUUAAUACCAUUCUGCGAUCAAAUUCAGCGGCAUCUCAGAAAUUUGGAGCGUUGAACAUGAUCGCUGCGUUGGGCCCGUACAUCAUGCGUCACCCGGACGUGAAGGGCAACAUGGAGCAAUUCAUGCUUCAGUUUGUUACGCCUGAACUUUCGAGCCCCGAGCCGUAUCUUAGAGCUAUCGCUUUAGAAGUCGUUGGCACCGUUACGAAGAAUGGGUUCCAUUGGUCUACGCCUGAGAACUUGAACAACCACUUUAGAGCCGUUGCUGCUGCUUUGGACGAUCCUGAGUUGCCGGUCAGAGUUCAAGCGGCGCUCGCAUUGACUGAGUUGGUUAUCUUGCAUGAAGAUGUGAGAACUGCUGUGGCGCCUCAAGUUGGCAAAGUUAUUCAAGAUCUACUCAAAUUGUCCGAUGAGACCGAUUUGGAUAUCCUCAAUCAUUGCAUGGAAGCUAUGGUUGACCAAUUCCAGACUCAGCUGUUGCCCGUGGCUGCUCAGCUCGCUGCACGUUUGUGCGAUUCGUACAUCCGGUUGGCGAGAGAGACGGCUGCGCAAGAAGAGAAUGAGAAUGUUGAUCUGGAGACUAUCAUGUCUGACGCAGAUGAUGACAAGACGUUUGCGGCUAUGGGAGUUGCGAAGACUCUUUCGACGAUUGUGUCCUCUAUUGAAGGCUCACCCGAGAUCCUGGCUCAAGUCCAAGAAGUGAUUAUUCCCAUCAUUGUGUUCACCCUCGAACACACCUUGCUUGACCUGUUCGAUAACGUUUAUGAGUUGGUUGAUAACCUGACCUAUAAACUUCGCACCAUUUCGCCAUCGAUGUGGCCCGUCUUUGAACUCACUUACAAGUUGUUCAAGAGCGAAGCUGUGGAUUUCCUUGAAGAAAUGCUGCCUUCCCUCGACAACUUCGUUUCCUUUGGAAGUGAGGUUAUAAAAGCCCGUCCGGACUAUAGGCAGAUGCUUGUCGACAUUUACACGACUUCCGUCAACGCUGAACAGCUCGGAGAGAACGAUAGAGUGAAUGGAUCCCAGCUCGCCGAGUCGAUACUUCUCAAUUUGCGCGGGAGCGUUGAUGACUACCUGCAAAUCAUCAUCAACACUGCGCUCGGCCUAGCGGACAAGGCUCAUACAGGUUCUCUCCGCCUAGCCAACCUCGAAGUUCUUAUCAACGCGGUCCUUUACAACCCCACUGCCGCUCUUCACCUCAUGGAGAGCUCUCACCCGGGCUCGGCUCGCGUCUUCUUUGACAAGUGGUUCGUCGUUGUCAAUGGGGAAAAUCGUCUCCCGCGUGUGCACGAUAAGAAACUGAGCAUCUUGGCGAUGUGUGCCCUUUUGGAGCUGCCGCCUGCUUCGGUUCCUGAUACGCUCCGCGAUGGAUGGCAUGGGAUUGUUGGUGGUAUUUUGAAGGUGUUUAAAGAUUUGCCCAAGGCUGUUGAACAUCGUAAAGCCAUUGAGCUCGCUGCUCAGGAAGAGUCUGAUGAUGACGAUAUUAUUGACGAGAAGGUCCUCAACUUGACUGAUGAUGAAGAUGAUAUUUGGGAUCAGGACUCGGUCUACCUGGAGAUGCUCGCACGUGAAGGAGAACGUCUUCGCACGGGGACUGGCCAAGCAGUUGACGACGAUGAGGAUGAUUCGGAUGACGAUGAUGAUCUUGAGGAGGACCUUGGAUAUCUCACUCCGCUGGACAACGUCGAUCCUUAUGUCUCUUUCAAACAAGCCUUGACGACCUUCCAGAUGCAGAAUGCUGCAGGUUACCAGGCUGCUACCACUGCUCUUGACAUUGAACAACAGACUCUACUUAUGGAGGUCAUGCGAAUAGCCGAGCAGCAAUCAGCUCCUCAGGCGUAGAGGCUGAGGAUUUCUUUCAUAAAUUGAAUUCUCAUUCACGACCCCUCUUAUGAUCUUAGUUUUUUCUUUUUUUGCAUUUAUGUACUCUUCAAUGACAAUUUCUCAAGGAUUUCAACUAUAC